AUGCAGCUUUCAUCUCAAAGCAAUUUUCUGUCACUACUACUCCUCAUCAUUGCCCCUACAUAUUUCUCCUUCCCUCUUGGCCAUAACCCACAGGAACCACCUGUACUUGAUCAUCAUCAUCAUCAAACGCAUACUGGUCAUAAUCUUUCGAGACCCAACCCUGGAAUAUUAUGGACAAGCAGAAGAGAGCUUGUUACAGCCAGUUCUUCAGCAAAGGCUGUUUAUAAUGUGCAUGAUUUUGGAGCUAAAGGAAAUGGAGGAGAUGAUACCAAGGCUUUUAGGAAGGCAUGGAAGAAGGCAUGCUCUAAUUCUAGAGCAAGAUCUGUUGAGCUCGUGGUCCCUAAGAACAGACUCUAUCACCUCAAACCUAUUACAUUCUCUGGUCCUUGCAAAUCUCAUGUCACCUUUAAGAUCUAUGGAACGAUCAAAGCAUCACCAUUCUUAUCGCAUUACAAAAGGGACAGAAGACAUUGGAUUCAGUUCGAGAAUUUAACGAACUUUAGAGUUGAAGGUGCCAGCACCGGCAUCAUCAAUGGCAAUGGAAGAAAAUGGUGGGAGAGCUCUUGCAAAGUUAACGAGUCCCUUCCUUGCACAGACGCACCAACUGCUGUGACUUUCUACGAGUGCAAAAAUUUGGAGGUAGCUAAUCUAAGGUUCCGAAACGCACAAAGAAUGCAUCUAUCGUUUCAAAGAUGUGUGCUUGUAAAAGUUUUGAAUCUCAUAAUAAUAGCACCAGAAAAUAGUCCCAACACCGAUGGAAUUCAUGUCACUGAAACACAAGAUAUUCGCAUAAAUAGCUGCCGUAUUAGGACAGGUGACGACUGUAUUUCAAUAGUUAGCGGGUCAAAGAAUGUUCAAGCUAGCGAUAUAACCUGCGGACCAGGUCAUGGAAUAAGUAUUGGAAGCUUAGGAGCUGGAAAUUCAGAAGCUGAGGUUUCAGAUGUGGUAGUCACUCGAGCCAAGCUUGUAGGCACCACGAAUGGACUAAGAAUCAAGACUUGGCAAGGAGGUUCCGGUUAUGCAAAAAACAUCAGAUUCAAAAAUGUUCUAAUGCACAAUGUCACCAAUCCCAUAAUCAUAGACCAACAUUACUGUGAUCAGGAAACACCAUGCCAUGAUCAGGCGUCGGCCGUAAAAAUAAGCGGAGUGGCAUACCAAAAUGUGAAAGGCACAAGUGCUUCUAAAGUGGCAGUAAAAUUCGAUUGCAAUAAACGAUUCGGAUGUCAAAAGAUUUUGGUGCAAGAUGUGAACAUAGUACCUCUGAACGAUGAAGGAAUGGCCACAGCUUCAUGUCAGAAUGUUGGAUUACGCCACAUAGGGAUAGUUUCACCAAAAUGCUCUUCAACAUAG